AAAUAAAUGAGAAACUAUUACUGUUGAAAAAUUUCGUUUUAUACAAAAAUCUAGAAAUUGAAAUUGUUUUAAGUUUAACACAAAUGUUUAUAUACUAAUAAGUGAUGGAUAGAACGAUAUUUGGUAAAAAAACAUUGAAUACGCAGCGUAAUCGCGUAGACAGAUUCGUAGCGCCUCGCAACUCUUUCGGUGAGGCGCGGAGGCGUCGCUCUUGGCACGCCAGUUGUGAUAGCACUGUGAACAGCGAUGUUUGGUUUGGGAAACAUUUAAAACAGAAGAAAUACGCAAUUUACUUGGACGACGCGCUCAAUCUCGAGCCGCAGGAAUCGAACGGUAUUCACAAACAAUGGAUCCGACCAUGGCCUUGCAUACCGCGGAAGAAGAGCUACCUCUCCUCUGCAGAUAGUAUCCUAGACUUACCCACUUACAGUUACGCUACUUUUCCAGAACUCCUCGAUUGGAGUAACGACAAUAUCCUGGUUGCGGCCCUGGGUAAGAAUUAUCAUAAAUGGAGCUGGAGGAGUCAAAGUCUCAUCAGUCAGGGCUUCACGCAAUAUGAAAUUCAGUGUUGUAAGUUCGACCCUCGUGGCGAACUCCUAGCCCUCGGCACCGAUAUGAAUACAGUGGAGAUUCACGACAACACUUUGAGUAAAAAAGUGUCAAGUAAUCUCUGUCCUUGUCUGAACACCAGCACCCAUUACUGCUCCAUUACUGCGGUCGACUGGAGUCCAACAGGGAAUUCCUUUGUAACUGGCUGCUCUUGGGGUAGCGUGGUGUCGUACAGCCGCGACGCGAAGCUCUGCAGCUGGCGGCGGCCGGUGCGCGCCGCGAUCCUGCUCGUGCGCGUGUCGCCGGACGCGCGCUACGCCGCCGUCACGGCGGUCAGCUCCGCCGUCGUGCUGCUGCUGACGUGGCCCUCGUUGGAGAUAUAUUCGAGUCUCGAUUCUAAUUGGACGAUACGGACAAUGACUUGGCACCCGUGGCGAAGCGCGUUACUAGGUGUCGGAGCGGUGACACCAGACCUUCAAGCGAGAAUUGCUUUAUGGAAUGCUCCGACUUCAAAAGUCCGGGAAACGACCCUUGGCCCCAAGCGGUACAGUCUGGACGCUAUGCUCUUCAGUCAAAGAACUGGCGAACUAGUGCUCAGCUUGUGGAAUUCUGAUAGGGCAAUACUACAUCCGAAAUCAUGUUCCCAGUUGGUUGUGAUGAGUGACCCUGAGACCGUGGUGGACCAGUGGGGAGAGGGUCGUAGUGGAUUGGACCGAGUGAGGACUAUGGUUUUUAGUCCGGAUGGAACAAAACUCGCGACAGCGACAUCUGAUGAAGACUUGAUAAUCUGGAAUUUUCUCCCGGAAGACAAAAGAAAAACGAAGACUAAAUGUAAACGUUUUUCGGCAAUCCCUGUUUACUUGGACGAGGCGAUGCAGGGCUACUCCCUCAGGUGAAGAAACAUGUGAUACCGUCGAGAAGUAACUGGGUGUACUUCGAUAUAAUUAUAUUUCGUUGGCAAUAAAUUUUUGAUCAUUUU